GGUAAAAGCGAGCGGUUCGUGUGCCGGAAAAAUCGGAAAACUAAAAUCAAAAGACUCUAGCGGCAAUCAAACGGUCUAUGAUUUUUUGUGCUGUGACAAAUGGGAUUUAUUUGUGGACAAUAGUGGAAUUUGGCAAUCAAGUGGAGUUGUUCUGUGAGAGCCUAAAAUUCUAACCAGCAAAGAGUGCGAAUAAAAUAAAAGUCAUACCCAUAAACCCUAGAUACUGUUCAGAAAUAUAUAAAAAAAAAUAAAAAUAAAAAUAAAUAAGCAGACGAUAUCCAACCAUCUGUGACCUCCAACACUUGCAUUUUCCCUCACGACCAAUCGCCCAAUAACUCCCGACUGACACACAUUUGAUGAGAACAAAUAGCAAACUUAAAUAAAUCAACCGAAAAUAAUGUCAACGAAAUCAAUGGCAGGCCACGGCAGCUGCAACAUGUUGCUGCUGUGUCUGCUGCUGUUGCUGCCGUCCGUGUCCCCAGUCCGCCUGCCCAAGAGCAGCAGCAGCAGCAAUGCAACAGCAGCAGCAACAGCGACGACAGCAACAUCUGCUGGCAGCAACAAUGCCAAUGCCAAUGCCAAGGCUGGCCGCAAAUAUGAGAUACGCGGCGUUGCUGGUGAACCAAAUUACAAAUCGGUGAAUCUGACCUGGGAAGUUGAAUUCGUGCCGUCGGCCCAUGACACAGAUUCGAGUCCCAACUCCAACUCUAACUCCAGAGCGGGCCAGGUGAACGCGAACGCGAGCGCGACAAAUAUGAGCGGCGAUGUGGAACCGCCCCGGGCACUGGCAUUCCAGAUAUUCUACUGCGAGAUGCAGAACCUCGGCCCACAGCGGUGUCGCGUCAAAUUGGUGAAUGGCACCACCGCCGAGGUGUCCCAGGGGAAGGGGGCGGAGACGGAGCAGCUGGACGGUCACGAUCCCUUAGGUUCCCAGGUGCAGCACUUCGCCGCUGCUGUGGAAAACUUGCGCAUGGCCACCAAAUACAGUUUCCACAUUCGCCCGGCGGCCCAGAAGCGCCUCCUAGCGGGCGGAACUCGCAGUUUCAAUGCUCGUGCCGAGUUCCACGACGAGAACGAGAUCGACAGUGGAGCCGGACACCUGCCAGGCCAGAGCAUCGUCAUACCCACCAAGGGCUUCACUGCACAUGCCACCCAGUGCUUGCCCCAUGCCUCGGAAAUCGAGGUGGAGACGGGUCCCUAUUUCGGUGGUCGGAUCGUCGUGGAUGGGGGAAACUGUGGCAUCAAGGGCGAUGCCAGUGAUGCGGCGGACAAGUACACUAUGAGAAUCGAUCACAAGGAGUGUGGCAGCUUGGUAAAACCGGAGACCAGCACGGUGGAGACCUUCAUCACGGUGCAGGAAAACCUAGGAAUCUUCACCCAUAGCACUAGACGCUUCGUGGUGGUCUGCAGCUAUCAGUCUGGCAUGCAGACUGUCCGCGCAAGCUUCACUGUACCCGGAAAGAACGGGGUGGCUGCCGCCUACGAGCCCAACGACCCCUUUGAGCCGGAUGAGGAUCAGCGCUUGGGCAGGGAACUCCGCCAGAUGCGUUACGUCAACAAGACGGAACUGGUGCUGCGGGAGCCGGAGUCCCAGUCCGACUCCCAGACGGAAUCCGAGUCCGUGGAGCAGGCAGCGGUGGUGGAGCAAACCCACCCGCCCACCACAGAAGGCGCUGCGCAGCCCCGAGGACAGGGCAGAGCUCUGAGCCUCAACGAGGUCAAUAGCUUGGCGGAAGAGCCGGCGGCAGAGGGACAGCAUCUGGAGCCGGUGGUGGGCACUAAGUAUGCCAAACUGGUUGUGGACCAGGCCCACAACUCCUGGAUGCCACUGGAGGCUGGCUCCCCACCAGGUGGUGAUGUCGAGGACGAAGCCGUUCUGCGUUAUAUUGGCUCCCAUCUGAGCAGCGUGCUGGUAACCGUUUCGCUAUCUGUGAUAAUCAUCAGCAUUUGCAUCGUUCUGCUGCAGCGCCAGCGGAUCCGCAUGCCGCCGCGCAGCCCCACCCCCUCGCUGGCCGCCCACCUGCCGCACAAGACGCUGCCGCGCGCUCUGCAGCAGCAGCAGUACCAGUGCACCUUGUAGGUGCCCCUCCUCCAACGACCACCGACUGCCGCGCCUCGUCCUCCGAGCUUCCAGCUCGCUAUGCCCACUUGUCUUGCUGAAUGUCAAGAUACAACGAAAAAUCCGAACGAAAACUUCAUUUAGCUGAAGAUGACUGCGCAUAGCCACGCCCCCUUUCCGAGCUCAAGCCCCCAACGGUACCAGCGGGAUAGCAUCCUCCGAUUUGCAUAAUUGUGAACUCGACUUCGACUCUGGCCAAGCUUUAACUGCUAUCACGAGGGAGGGCGAGUGGGCAAAGGCACUUCUCAUAGAGCGAGAUUAGUCUGUAACUCUUAGACGUACGAUUUUUGUAUAAAUUAUUUAUGCCCGGAAAAUAUAUAUUUAUUUAUAGCUACUACAA